UCUGUCUCAUUCACUCAGUCACAUGCUCACACUCAUACGGUGUGCUGCACACACUCACAUACACACACACACUUCGCUGGUGAGCAUUCGACCAGCAGUCUGCUUUCUCUCUCUCUCGCUCUCUCUCUCUCUAACACUUAUUCACACUUUGUCACACAUACCCAAUCACACAACCUGAUACAGAGCCAUAUGAAGUGGUGUUGCACGAGGAAGAGAAAGUAAAUGUUUGAGCACAAAGAGAGAGGAAAGUGAGGGAUGGAAUACAGAAGGAAGACAUAAAUCUAGACACAAGAGACAUCGCCUUUGCAAUCACGAAGAGGCUACAGCGGGGACAUACCUCACAUCUGAGAACACUCAGGUCACUGAACCCUGAAAUCAGAACGGAGUCACUCCAAAAGCAGAGAAGUCAGCAGAAGUGUGGUUAAGGAAGAAAAGCAAAAAAAACUGGAGUAAAGAUCUGAAGCAGUGGCAAUCGACAGCUGUUGUGUAUCAGCGUGUGUGUGCCCACCUGCCGUGUGUGUCCUCCUUCCCACUGCUGUGUGUUUGUGUUUGUGUCUACUUGCUACCCUUGACCUGACUGAAGUGUCACCAUGUUCUGGACGCUUCUCCUGGCACUGAUCCUAUUGCUGGUGCUCCAGGCCCAGUUAUAUGUUUGCCUGCGGGAGCUCAGAUCCUCCACAAUCUCUGUGAUCUCAGUGAACCCGAAUGAGACCACCAACAGCAGCACCUCACGACGCUUACCAGGUGCCAUCAUCAUCGGAGUACGCAAGGGAGGCACCAGAGCCCUGCUGGAGAUGCUCAACCUUCAUCCAGAUGUGGAGGUGGCCAAGGCUGAAGUGCACUACUUCAACUUGGAUGAAAACUUCCACAAGGGUAUGGACUGGUAUCGUGCUCAGAUGCCUCUCACUCUUGCUGCGCAGGUGACCGUGGAAAAGACUCCAGGUUAUUUCACAGCACCUAUGGUUCCAGCCAGAAUGUGGUCAAUGAAUCCAGCAGUGAAGCUUCUUCUGAUCGUCCGAGACCCAGCUGAGAGGCUCGUGUCAGACUACACACAGGUCCUGCACAACCGCAUCCAGCAGAACAAACCAUACCAACCUCUGGAGGAACUGCUCCUACGCCGAGGACACAUCAACCCCAACUACAAGGCCCUCCAGAGAAGCCUUUACCACCAACACCUGGCCAGGUGGCUGGCGCUUUUCCCCAGGGAGCAGAUCCAUAUUGUUGAUGGAGAGGCAUUAAUCCGGGACCCAUUCCCAGAACUUCAAAAAGCAGAGAAAUUCCUGGAACUUCCACCGCGGAUAAUGCCAGAUAACUUCUACUUCAACACCACUAAAGGGUUUUACUGCCUGCUUUCUGCAGGACAUGACAAGUGCCUGGAUGAAUCAAAAGGAAGACCACAUGCACCCCUCAGCAACGAGGCUUUCCAAAAGCUCUGUCGAUUCCUCAGAUUGCCCAAUCAGAUCUUUUUUAGGAUGACAGGCCAGACUUUUCACUGGUGCUGAUAAAAAGUUUACACUAGAUUUUAAGACUGUAGACUAAAUCUGCCAUGAAAUAUCCUGUCUAGUCAGAACUCUACACAUUAUUUGAUAUUUGACUGAGAUUUGAUUAACAUCUGAGUUUAUUCCAACCAAGUCCAAGAACUGAGCUGAAAAAGAAAAAUAACAAGAGCACAAAUGUGGAAAACAGACGGUAUCUCUGGCGCAAAGGUUCCUCCUGGUGUUGGUUAUGCAGAACUGCAACAAACCUGAUCUUGAAAUUCAGGGGUAUGGAUUAAUGGACACCAGCUGUAGAUAAGGGAUUACUAAUCUUAUCCACAGAUUAUCUGCUUGGUUUUAAUGAACCCUGCAGCUGCACCGGCACUUUGUAGAUAUGAUUGGUGAGCCCUGCUGUAGACUAACUGUAUGUUUAAAAUGUUAAUACGUGUACAUAAAAAACAGCUGCUGAGACAUAUGGGUAAUAUGGAAGUACUCACAUUACCAGUAAGACAAACAUUAUGUAGCUUAUACUUUCUGUGCAUUUUGUGUACUUUACAAAGGUUUGUACAAGUGUAUGAAUGAGCGCUGUAAUCAUUCUAGUAAUUAGUUGGAUUUUCAUCCUUCACAUUUGUUAAAUUAAUCUAUACUUGAAUGUUUUGUCUGCCAUUUUGAAUAAGUUUCUAUUUUUAAAGGCUCUUUAAAAAGAAA